GUUUCUUUCCCGGCUUCCCCCUGUGCCGCAGGCUGGGAAUGGUACGGUCCUCCCUUCUGUGCCCGUUGUUGCUCGGUGGAUGUUGCUAGAAGGUGAAGGCAUCAGCACAGGCUGCGGAGGCUGCAGCGGUUGCGGCCAGCCCCGAAACACCCCGGGAGAGGGGGCGGAAGGGACCCGGCGAGGAGGCCUGUGCUCAGCUACGGCCUUCUCCCUCCUGCUGCAAGGGUCCGGCAGCAUCGCUGGCGAGGAGCCAUGACCCAGGGGAAGCUCUCUGUGAACAACAAACCCCCCAACUCCGAGGGGCAAGGGGAGAAGAAGGACAAUGCCACGGCUCCACCGGCUCCUCCGACCUAUGAGGAGGCGACAGCAGGAGAAGGGAUGAAGUCUGGUGCUUACCCUCCUCCCCCAUCGGUCCCGCUCCACCCCAGCUGGGCUUACGUCGACCCCAGCACGAGCCCGAGCUAUGGCAGCGGAGGGUACCCAGGAGACACAGAGAUGCUCACCACCUUCAGCUGGGAUGACAGGAACGUGCGCAGAGUGUUCAUCAGGAAGGUUUAUGCCAUCCUGAUGGUCCAGCUCUUGGUCACUGUCGUUAUUGUGGCUUUCUUCACCUUCUGCGAGCCGGUCAAGGGGUACAUUCAGACGCAUGCUGCCUGGUAUUGGGCUUCCUAUGGUGUUUUCUUUGUGACCUACCUGAUUCUUGCUUGCUGCUCUGGACCCAGGAGGUAUUUCCCAUGGAAUCUGAUCCUGCUGAGCAUCUUUACGCUCUCCAUGGCUUAUCUCACUGGGAUGCUCUCCAGUUACUACAAUACCAAGUCGGUCCUUCUCUGUCUGGGGAUCACGGCCCUGGUGUGUCUGUCUGUCACCAUCUUCAGCUUCCAGACCAAGUUUGACUUCACCUCCUACCAGGGUGUCCUCUUUGUGAUGCUCAUGGUCCUCUUCUUUGGUGGCAUCAUCCUGGCUGUGAUACUGCCCUACCAAUAUGUCCCCUGGCUCCACGCGAUCUACGCUCUGCUUGGUGCCGUUAUCUUUACUAUGUUCCUGGCAUUUGAUACCCAGAUGCUGAUGGGGAAUCGUCGGUACUCGCUGAAUCCAGAGGAAUACAUCUUUGGAGCCCUCAAUAUCUAUCUGGACAUCAUCUACAUCUUCUCCUUCUUCCUCCAGUUCUUUGGUUCUAGCCAGGAGUGAGUGCAGCAAGGCAGUAUUUUCUGCUUGCUGGCAAGAUGCAAGUGGUUAAAAAAAAAUAGAAGAGGAAAAGAGGGUUAAAAAACCAAACCAAACCCACCCUUUCUGGCCCACUAGCAGGCUCCAUUCAAUCAGCUGAGCAAAGCCCCUGGGUUCCUUAUGCAGCUUGUAUAUAUGCUGUUAGGCCUUUGUGACCCAGAAAGUAAAGUAGGGCUUAAGUGUUAUGUCUCUUCUGCUCCCUCCGCUCCUACUGAGAUCAGACCAGAGACUGGGAGGCAUGAGGCCAAGAUCUUCUUUUCCCCAGAGGCUGUCAGAGUUGCCUGCCUGAGUCCUGCACAUUAUGUUGAAGUGCUGAGAACAGCUCUGUGAAGGGAAAAUAACGUUAAGAGGAGAGUAGGGAAUUUUGCUAGGAUCCUGGCAGGAAAACCAGCUGAACAAAGGGAAAAGGCUAGGGCACUCCUUGCGUUCCCCUGUUUCUCCUGCAUUCAGUUGGAGCUUUGUGGCCUCUGCAGAGAUAUAUUCCUGAUAGUGCCUGCUUUUAAGUGCAGAGCAGGAGAUCACGUAGUCUGGAUGUCCCUGCAAUCAGUCCUUCAGGCACAAGGGAACCUGUUGUUCAGGAUGUGCAGCCUCUUUGAGGAUGUCCCUAAUGUUCCUGCAGGAAGAAUUCUGUACCCUUUGCCUCUGACCAUGGGGCUGACUCUGUACUUACUUUCCUUCCCAGAGUGGGAUAGCAGGACCACUGGCUGUGAGCUCACCUCCCCGCCCAAGGGGGACAUGUAUGCCAGUUCUCUCUGAAGCAUGGCUCUUCCACCUGGGAGAGCUGUGAUCCCAUGUAAGGGUUAUUGGCAGAGAAGAGGUGGUGAAAGAGGCUGAGUUUCAGAGCCCAUGCAAAGCCAGGCACCUCCUGAUGUGGAAAAUGUGAAUGGCUGAGAUCCUGUGACCCAUCAUAAGGAUCUGAUGUCUUCACAAAACUGUCUUGGUUGCUUGAGGUUAAUGAUCCUAAGUGGUUACUACUCAGAGACUGAGGCCAGGGUGAAUGCCUGUUGUUCAAAACAGGCACUGCUUUGUAGCAAACACCAAUGUUGCCUCUUGCUUUGGCCUUUUCUCGGUUUUGCUCCCCCAAACAGGGAUGUUAGUGAGAGCACUGGAUGCCUCCGAAUGCUCAGGUAACUUUCCAUCUUCCCCUUGCUCACAUUCCCCUGUUUGGGGAUUAGCUGGCUAAUUUCUAACUGUAAAGCUCCAGGUGGAGAUAAGAGGCCUUUUGCUCUUUUUAAAAGUGAUCCUUCCUGCUGAUAGAAACCCAUAUCUUCAAUCUCUCUGGGAAUGCCAGGGCAAGUGCGUCACUGAGCUGCCUCUAGCAAUCCCCACGUGUUAGAGAGAGGCGAUGCCAAAAUGCUCCGUACCGCACAUUCCUCCUCUGCUGCUGCCCUGGCUUUUACCCUUCACAUGGUGUAUCCUCCUGCCACAUGUGUUCAGUGCCCCGAGCUGGGCAGAGGAAAGUUACUGUGCAGAGAGUAAAAGUGCUUCAGCCCCUCUGGCUGCACUGACCUUAUCCAUGAUCACACAGGAGCACAAAUCACGCUUUCUACCUUACCUUCCCACCCCAAAAACUGGCCUCCCCCCUUUUUUUUUUUAAAGGAAUAAAGGAGACUAUUAGGUAAUGACAGCAUUAAGUUCAUGACCUCCUGAUUUCUGCAGUACAUGCCAGAGAAGAAGCAAGGGCCUUGAACUGCCAAGCAGGGAGAACUGGGAGAGGGGACAGCAUGGGAGGCACCCCAAAGGUUUAUGAAAUAGGAUUUUGAAGAGGGAUUUUCCGGCUCAGACCCAUGCAGGCACUUCUGAAAUAUCUUAGCAGACUGGUUCUGUGGCCUUUAUUUGCUCACAGCAAAAGGCCUGUAUUCCUGCUUUCCAGCUUUUGAGGAGGGAGUAUGGAGUUAUGUGAUGAGUUCUGACUCUGAAAUAGUCCUAAAACUCCUCUUCUGGGGGACAAUCUAGACCAGAGCUCUGCAGCUCUCCUUUCUGAACUGGGACUCCUCCAAACUGGCCCUGCAUACCCUGGGACCUGGGGAGGAGAACAUGGAUCUGCAGCCCACUCUAGAUCUCUUGCUCUUUUUCCUUCUGGUGUGGAGUAACUUUGCUGCUGCCUGAGCUGCUGCUACUUCCUGGCUUUCUGCUCCCGUGUGGAAAAAGCUUGCAUGGCACCUGCUUGUCUCCAGGCCAUUUGAAUGGGGGUGGCUUGCUGCCUCCUGGGCCACCCACAGGGCUCCCUUCUUGCAUGUGUCCUGGUCCCUCUUCUGUGCCAACCCCGUGGCUUGCCGUCCAUCCAAGCCAGACCCAGUGAAAGCACUUGGACUGAAGCAGUGAGUAACAUGUACAUGCUCAGAGAGGUGCAAGUCCCCAUGAGGCUGAGUAAGAUAGGGUUAGGGGUGGCAUAUAGCUAGAGGUAUGCUCUCCUGGGUUCCCUGAUUGCCUGUGCAGGGCUGCUUCUCUUCCUCUGUGUGGCUGUCCUUUAUCUGAGAUCUGCAUCACCGGGACACUGGCUCUGUAUCCGCCUGCUCCUUUGUCUGGCCAUUCUUAUGAUUUCAUUGUAAAUAGGAUUUUGUAUUUUCUCUGAACAUUGCUAAUAAAUUGUUGCAAAACUGUUA